GUCACUCAGUUCAUAAAUGCUAAGGUCAAUUGAUAUAUAACUGAUUGACUCCACAGUUCAUGUAAUCUGAAACCAUUGAGUCCUGAUAAAGUGGAAAUGUGUGUAUUUCAUUUUACAUUAGGGAAACGGAGUUCAGAGAGGCCAAAUGACUUGCCUAGGGCCGCAUAGAAGAAGUUCUUUCUGAGUUUUAUUGGCACUUUCUGUGUGCCAGGCCUUGUGUAAGACACGGAGGAUAUAGAAAUUAGGGAAACAUGGCCCCUGCCCUUAGAAAGCCCAGCCAUGAAUAGAAGAGACAUCCAGGUAAGCAAAUGUGGUCAUUGGAGGGGCCUGUUAAAGGUGCUGGGAAGUCCAGAGGAGGGAAAAUGACUCUGCCUAGGGUAAGUUGAGGAAGAUUUCAGAGGAGGAAGAGCCCUUUUAAUCAAAUCCUUGAAGGAUGAAGAGUUCACCUGAUGCAAAAAAAGGAAAAGCUCGGUAUGGGCAGAGUCCAGGACGCGGGCCCUUGCGAAGGGAGAGUGAGUAAAGGCGUGAUGAGGCCAGAUGGGGAAGGCUUUGCUGCCGGGCGGGAAAUCGGACUUGAUUCUGAGCUCGCUGGGGAACCCUGGAAGAGUUUCAAGCAGGGAAUGCCUUGGCCAGGAUUCUAAGGACGGUCUCUCUGGCGGUUGUCCAAUGACCUGUAGUCUUUUUAAGAAUCCAUUGCAUUUAAAGAAAAAAAAUCCAUUGUACGAGCUGGUGAGAAAAAAUGACGGCCCCUCCCACCUCCAAUCCUUUUAUGGGUUUUAUCACUUAGACCGAGGAUUUUUUUUUUUUUUAACCAUCUCUGUCAAAGCCUUCAUCUCACUGCUAGACAGACCAACCUGCUUCCUUCCUCUCCGCCUACACUGCACCUCCCACCAGGGUGAUGCACCAGACAAUGGGACUUGGGAGAAAGGACAAGGAGUAUGUGGGUUUCGCAGCCCUUCCCAACCAGCUGCACCGCAAGUCCAUCAAGAAGGGGUUUGACUUCACACUCAUGGUGGCAGGUCUGGGGGUUUUGGAGGUGGUGGGUCCUCAAGAGACCCUGGCUGUCCUCUGACCUGACCAACUGGGCCUGCCUGUCCACAGGGGAGUCAGGCCUGGGGAAAUCCACCCUCAUCAACAGCCUGUUUCUCACCAACCUCUAUGAGGAUCGGCAACUGCCAGAGGCCAGCGCUCGCUUGACACAAACGCUGACCAUUGAGCGUCGGGGCGUGGAGAUCGAGGAGGGGGGCAUUAAGGUGAAGCUGACCUUGGUGGACACACCUGGCUUUGGGGACUCGGUGGAUUGCUCAGACUGCUGGCUGCCCGUGGUGCGCUUCAUUGAGGAGCAAUUUGAGCAGUACCUUAGGGACGAGAGCGGCCUGAACCGGAAGAACAUCCAGGAUUCCCGUGUCCACUGCUGCCUCUACUUCAUCUCACCCUUUGGCCGGGGGCUCCGGCCCCUAGAUGUGGCCUUCCUCCGGGCGGUGCACGAGAAAGUCAACAUCAUCCCAGUCAUUGGCAAAGCAGAUGCCCUGAUGCCCAGAGAAACCCAGGCUCUCAAGCAGAAGAUCCGGGACCAGUUGAAGGAGGAGGAAAUCAACAUCUACCAGUUCCCCGAUUGUGACUCAGAUGAGGAUGAAGACUUCAAGAGGCAGGAUGCCGAGAUGAAGGAAAGCAUCCCUUUCGCAGUUGUCGGUUCAUGCGAGGUAGUGAGGGACAAAGGCACCCGACCAGUGAGGGGACGCCGCUACUCCUGGGGCACCGUGGAGGUGGAGAACCCACAUCACUGCGAUUUCCUGAACCUGCGACGGAUGCUGGUGCAGACACACCUGCAGGACCUGAAGGAGGUGACACACGAUCUGCUCUAUGAGGGCUACCGGGCCCGCUGUCUACAGAGCCUGGCCCGGCCUGGGGCUCGCGAUCGGGCCAGCCGCAGUAAGCUUUCCCGCCGGAGCACCACGGAGAUCCCGCUGCCCAUGCUGCCCCUGGCCGAGACGGAGAAGCUGAUCCGCGAGAAAGACGAAGAGCUGCGUCGCAUGCAAGAGAUGCUGGAGAAGAUGCAGGCGCAGGUGCAGCAGAGCCAGGCUCAGGGCGAGCAGUCGGCCGCUCUGUGAGGACCCCCGCCGGUGCCGCUUUACAUCCGCUCCGCCUUCGUCCGUCUCUUGUCCAAUCCCCGAGCCCCGGCGGCCCCGCGCCUCGCCCCGAGCCGCCCUGGCACUGGGCUCUGGGCCAACAGUUCUCCCAACCCCAGAGCUGGCGGUCCUGCCUUUGGCCCCGUCCCGCCCCCCGCCCCUCCCGGAGCCGGGGCUUCCAGCCAAGCCCCAGUAAACCCCGACUAAGGUUCCUGCCCUGGCCAGUGUGGCUCAGCGGGUUGACCGCUGUCCCGUGCACCGAAAGGUCACUGGUCAGACUCCGGUCAGGGCACAAGGCCAGAUGCCGCCCCGGCCGGGGUGCGUUCGGGAGGCAACUGCAACCGAUCGAUGUUCCCUGUUUCUCUCUCGCAUCGAUGUUCCUCAAAUAGAUGUCAUUUUCUCUCUAAGAUCAAU